CUCUCUCUCUCUCUCUCCGUGCUCAGAAUAUCGGUUAAGACUUUCAUUAUCGCGUUAUUAUUUUAUAUUACGUGCGCAGCAUUAUUAUUUCGAAAAUAGCAACAAUCGACGCAAAGUUACUUUGUGCGUAUACGAAAGAGAGAAAGAGAGAAGGAAAGAAUAUGUGUAUAUGUGUACGUGUGUGUGUGUAUGCGUGGGGGUCUCUAUAUUUGAUUUCUAACUGCAUAGAGAGAUUUAUUUGUACGAGUCGCGCAUGAUUGCGUUUGAAACGGCACCGACGCGUUGAGGAAAUAAUCCCUUGACUUCGCUGCACGUGUCGAAUUAGCGAGAGUGGUGUUUCCGAAAAAUUCGACUACCGUUUCGUCUGAGGGUGUCGCGUCGAAUGUCCCAUCGGUAUGUCGCCUGAGAGAAGCAUCGUUAUUAACCCCUGCAAUUUACGCGUUAUUAAUAAUUUUCGCGUCCAUCGCGCUGACAACCACUCCUCUCUGUGCGUGUAUAUGAGUGCGAUGUAUCCGACGAACUUAGCUUUUACGUAAAACGGGAAUUUAACGAAAGUCAAGAAAAUGUCGCUACUCCUUAAUUUCUCACUGCUUAUAUCUUGGUGUUUGAACUUCCUGAUGAAAUUUUCGCUCGAGUUAAAGCCAGUCCGGACUGAAAAGCAAGUAGUAAUAUUUCGUCGCCUUUUUACAAAUCUGGAACUUAAUUUUCCGGAAUUUCAUCUCCCUCGGUCUCAAAUAACCCGCGUAAUUAGAGCUCAAACAGUAACGUUAAGGAAAAGUCAACUCCGCGCAUGGACCAAAGAACCAUUAUUAUUAUAGUUGUAGCUGAGAACUGAAAUAAUAACGGAGAAAUCACUUUGACGCGAAAGUAUGCGCUUUUUUAUUUGCGAAUUAGAUACAAACGCCUUGCCGUGAGCUUCGUUCGCGAAUUUCCACGUUUGCGCGCACGCAAGUCACACAAAAGUCAAAGGAAUGCGUUCUAUCCGGUUCUUUCGCGCGCGCGAUUGUAUUCUUCUCAGCUGCGAAAUUCAUAAAAUAUCACCAGUCCGGACUUUGAGCGACAUAAGAAUCCGAAAGAAGUCUGUAAACAUGUAAGGAAAUGUUUUCAAAGCCUGCUGAAUAUAUACUUGACCUCGUGUGUGUUGUGUGUGUGUGUGUGUGUAGAAAAUGAAAAUGCGCUGGUAUUGUGCGCCCGACCCUUGCAGAAAAGUCUCACUGCCUAUAAUAAAUUGGCCGAUAAUAAAUUACUGUUGCUCAGUAAUUUUAUUAUUCGUACGAGUAAUAAAAUUACCGGGCGAUAUAAUAACUUAUCUCCGAGUUUGGUCCCCGGGAAAUUCGCGGAAAAUAGAGUGUUUUAUUAAACUUACCCUGAGAGUUUGUUUCCCCUCAUCUUUUAUUUGUCUUCUUAAUACCUAAUUACAGUGAUGAUAAAUAUACAAAAAAUAAUAAUAAAAGUAACUUAUAAAUGUUUAAUACAAAUAAAAAUCCCGUCUUACAGACGUUGAUGCGAUAACAUUUGCAAUAUUUACCGUAUGAACGAAAACCUGAAACCCGGUUGGAAGGAAGAGAAAAGAAUUAAUAUCAAAAUAGGAAGAGGUAGAAAUAAUAAACCGAGUCAGCAGGGAGCUUUCAUCCGCGAUUGAUCGCAUCGUCCAAUUGUCGAACGGUAUCGCCGGUUAAAAUAAUCGAGUCCGACCGAAGAGUAAUAAGAUUCGAUAACCUCGGUUAUAUAAUUGAGAAUUAAAGACGAAGAUCUCAUAAUCGGCAGAACAUUCGAAUGCAUAGGAGUGUGUUUACCGUCGUGCCUGCCCUAUACGCAUGCACAUGUAUGUGUGUGUGUGUGUGUGUGCACGCGCACGCACACAUAUGUCUACGUUCAAUGCGGAGGUUUCAAUUCGACCUGCAAUUCGAGUGGCAGCUAUACAUCAGCCGUCGUGUUUGCUGCGUCCGCACUAACUAAUCAACAGCGUUAAUUACUGCCGCGCGCGCGUCCGGAACUCGCAGAUCGCUCGCUCGCACAGAAAUCCGUCGAUUAAUAUCAAUAUCGCGACUCGCAGUCAGUUAUGCUGCUGCGAUGGGGAAAUGAGCGUUUGUUUCACGCGUGCGCCAUCGUCGAGGCCGCGAGACUAAUUCGUCGCGUCCGCGGAAUUCAGUUCGGAACGCAAAUGCCCCCCAUUGUCACGCUCGAUCAUGGGCUUAAUUUCGGCAUUUCGAGGACCAGGCCGCGCGAUGCUCUGUCACCAUAGACGCGUCAUGCGUCGUCUCUUUCUCUCACGCGCGCUUUAAUUAAUUCGUCCCAGCUAGCGAGACUUGCGGAAGAUAAAAGACUUGCUUGAUAUAUAUUGAUGCAUUGAUGUCGUUUAAUCGUAAAUAUGUAAAGUAAAAUUGAAUAUGAACUGAACGCUCACAAUUAAAGAACCCCCCCUCGCAGAGACCCGUCUUCGUUUAAGUUUCAACUCGGCGACGACUCGCUUCGUCCCGAUACUCCCGACAUCAACACUUCAGCCAUCACACUCGUCAUACCCGCCGGGGAGGCACGACGUGACGGUACCACCACGUCUUCAGUCGGGACCAAUUGACGCGUUAACGAAAAAUAAUAAUCAUCCCCUCGGACGCUACAUCCGUUACAGGUGCAUCGUCGUGGCACCCGCUGUCGGGACGAAGUGCGCCACUCUCGCAGCGGCUGAUCCGCAUUCACGUCACGUGAAGGGUCAUCACGGGCCGCCCGUCGCAAUUAAUCCACGCAUUAAUCACGAGCCCCUAAGUUGAGCCACUCGAAUCUGCAGGCGGCAGGCCGCUAAUUAACCAUCGCAGCCACCACCACCGUCAUCGUCGUCGCCGAUCAGCCUCGUCGACCCAACGGACAAGAGCCACGCGACGUCGCGCACACACGCGUGAGCUACCCGCGAGGAAUGCUGUUACACGCGCCCCGUUGAGGCCCCGGAAGAAAGGGCGAGCCAAGGUCGCGCGCGCGAUGAGGAAUCGCGGCACGACGAUGCGAAAAUAUGAGACUUCCCGCCGCGGACGGAACCCACCGUCGCCGUCGUCGACACCGCACCGCCGAUGCAACUUACACCGACGGCCGCCGACGCUUACGGCCGACGUUCAUUGAGGGGAAAAUGGGUGCCAAUCAGUCGAGCCGAAGUGCGCCCACACCUGGAGAAGAAGUGAAUUUCGAUCAUUUUCAAAUCCUACGCGCCAUUGGGAAAGGCAGCUUCGGUAAGGUUUGCAUCGUGCAGAAGCGUGACAGUUCGGGCAACAUGUACGCCAUGAAGUACGUGCAUAAAAACGAGUGCAUAGAACGGGGCGCCCUGAAAAACGUGGCGAGGGAAGUGGAGAUCCUGUCGAAGCUGGAGCAUCCUUGCCUGGUGAACUUGUGGUUCAGUUUCCAAGAUGAAGAAGAUCUUUUCAUGGUGUCUGAUUUGCUCUUGGGCGGUGAUCUGAGAUACCACAUUCAGCAAGAGGUUGUGUUCAGCGAAGAGAGCAUUGUGCUGUUCGUAGCCGAGAUCGCGCUUGCGCUCGAUUAUCUGCAGACCCACCGGAUUGUCCAUCGGGACAUCAAGCCGGACAACAUACUGUUGGACGAGGAGGGCCACGUUCACGUGACAGACUUCAACGUCGCGUCUAUACUCGAAGACGGCCAGCUGGCGACUUCGAUGUCCGGGACGAAACCGUACAUGGCCCCGGAGAUUUACAUGUGCUCGUGCGAGGAAUACGGCGUCCUCGGCUACGGAUUUGCCGUCGACUGGUGGAGUCUGGGAAUCCUCGCUUGGGAGACCUUAGCUAUGGAGAGACCAUACCCGCUUCAUUCCACGACGUCCAAUAGAGAGGCUCUGAAGAUCCUACAGGACGAGAAACCGAAACCUUCCCACUGGAGUCCGUCGAUCUGCAAUCUCCUGGAUCGACUGUUAACUCUGGCACCUGUCAGCCGAGUAUCGUCUUUGAAGGAAUUAAAGCGGACGAAUGCGAUGAGAGAACUGGACUUCGACAAGGUGCUGAACAAGCAGAUCAAGCCGCGAUUCGUCCCGCCGAAGGAUCACUUGAACUGUGACCCCACAUUCGAGCUCGAGGAAAUGAUAAUCGAGACGAAACCGCUGCACAAGAAAAAGAAACGCCUGGCUAAACAGAGAUCGCUGAGGGUCGAGUACUCGGCGGAGGACGCCGGCUUGUUCGCCGGGCCGAGCGACGAGGCGCGACGAUUAGCCUUCAUCCCGGAGUAUCGGGUGUACAAUCGCGAGCGUGAAAUCGAGAGGCAGGAGAGAGAGAGGAAGGAGAAGCAAUGGGAGGAGGAACUAAACACUGCCAUGAAGAGUGCCGAAGAGAGACUCAGAAUAAAGCAUCUGCCAGCCCAGCGAACCGGAAACCGACUGAGCGUCUCAACGACGAGCGUCAAAGCGCGCAUAAGCGCGUCACCGAGGCAAGGUCGCCGUGCGAGCAUCGCGACGUCCUCGGACAUCGACUUCAUCGAUGCGAGUCCGGAACCCAGCACGUCUUAAAUCGACGCGAUCGCAUACGUCCCCGACGUUCGCGACGCAGAAAGCUACUUCAAUCUUACCGACUUUUUAUAAGUUCAAACCUUUCUGCCCCCUUAAAGUAAAAGAACAAAAAAAAGAACACAGUGAAAUUUUCAUAUUCUCUGUGUCCCUGGAGGAAAAUACGACUGCGUAAUUUUCUUCUCUCCACGUGUCAGCCUAACGUAAUGUGACUUACCUUUUUAAUAUUUAGCUUUUCUGUUUGUCUAUCGAGGUCGCAUCGUGUUUGCCUCAACAUGGAAAACUUGCAAAACUCUCGAGCAGAUAUCCAAACCUAUCUGUUAGAUAUUCCGUUUGAUCAUUCUAAUAAGCUUUCAUUCUUCUCGCUGCGCAUUCGCAAAGUAUAUGUAGAACUCAUUUCUCUGGUUACCGUUUUCCGUAAGUCUUAUUCGUGGCGAACUUCAUCAAACUUUCCGGUCAAAGGUCAUGCGGUUUUACAGACGACUCAUUAAUAACGGCUCGCUAAUUAUCGAUAUUAACUAAUAUUAACUAAUGUUUGUAUUAACUUCGUCUAGGAAGCCCCGAAAACGUGGGGUGGAAAUUGGAAGUAAAUGCGCGUCAUCGUCUAGAAUCCCUCGCGGAUCCUUGCGGUGCGACCUUUAAUUAGUGUACCAGGAAAUGUGCAUUUAAAACCAUCAUCAUCCAGAUUUCAUCUCACAAACUUUGACCAACAGCAGGGCAGACGAGGCUUCGCGAUUCUCAAAGAAAGAAAGAGAACGGUGAACGAUCGAGACGUCCACCUCGAUGUUAUGAAUUCACUCAAACGGUGAAAUUACUAUUUUAGCACACAUCUUUUGUUACUCCGAACUUAGAAGAAGCUCCGAUUGUGAGCUCUCAUUAGAAAAUUAGACGCAUUUUCGAGGUAGUAGUAUAAGUGAAUCUUCUCAGUACAAAAAAAAUUGUGACAUGCACUGUGCGUCGUUUCACGAAAAUUUUCCUCGGAAAAAGAAAAACAACAUUUUUAUUUUGCUUUCGCUGAAAACAUUUCGAAUUUCACUCAAACAAUACGCGAUUAUUAUUACCCGCAAAUAAUGACAACGUUCUUUCUAAUGAUAUUAGCGGAAGUACAACGACAGAUACGUGAAAUGAAAAACACGUGCGUAAGAAAGAAGAGAAAAAGAAAAAUUGUUGAUUUAAAAGAUUUAAAGUAAAGUUUAACACAUUAAGAUUUAAGAUUCGAGUGCUGAACGAGUUAUGAUAAAUGAAGAAUAAAUUAACACUUUCGUAUCUAAUGUAGUACCGACAGGACUUUAAGACGCACAUUAACGACGUAAGUUCUUCGUUGAAACGAUUGGGAACAAUGACCUACACGAUGUAAAUGUCCUAUUCGGUAAAUAUAUAUGUAUAUACUCUAUAUAUAUAUAUACAUGUUGUUUAGAAAAGUGCGCUAUGUACAAAUCGAGAAUAAAAAUAUCUUUGACAGUU